CUAAAGCAACCGGCAUUUGUGUCUUAUGUUUAGCUUAUUUGAACAAAUUAGUUAAGCAUAAACAAUACAUUUUAUCGCCAUGCAAGACUUCUUUAACGCACUAAUGCCCGAUGUGAAACGUGAGGUGAGGCGUGGCAUAAUCGAAUGCUCCAAGCGUGGCCUCUUGCACAGCACAAAAUGGUUGGCCGAAUUGCACCACGGACUGGACACCGUAUGCAUAGACAAUGAGCCGCCAGACGACGACCAUUCGUUUAGUGAGUGCCAGCUGGAGGGCAUUGCGCCGGCUGAAUACGCAGACUAUUUUCUGGCCAAGAGUUACUACGAUGUGCGCGAAUACGAGCGUGCGGCGUAUGUAGUGAGGAAUUCAGAGUCGGCCGUUCCGCGGUUUCUUCACCUCUACUCCACGUAUAUGGCGCGUGAAAAGCGACGUCUGGACUCGACGACAGAUCAGGCGAAUCUCAAUGACUCGAAUCAGAUGCGCGAUCUGACCGACUUACUGGCCACAUUACGCACUGAAUAUGCGCGCGGCCGCCUCGAUGGCUACGGCAUGUAUCUCUAUGGUGUAGUCCUGAAGGCGUUGAAUCUGAAUCAGCCGGCGGAGCAGAUGCUGGUGAAUGCUAUACGCUUUGUGCCCAUGUUGUGGAGCGCCUACUUGGAGCUUUCCCCUUUGAUUAUGGAGAAGAAGCGCCUGUUGGGCCUGAACCUGGGCGGGCAUUGGAUGCAACACUUUUUUAUGGCGCACACUUAUUUAGAGUUGUAUCUAAAUGACGAUGGACUGAAGAUAUAUGAAGAUUUGCAAGCGGCAGGAUUUAGCAAAAGCAUCUACCUAACGGCACAAAUGGCGUUGGUUCAUCACAACAAAAGAGAAGUCGACAAAGCCAUUGAGCUGUUCCAGGCGCUUCUCGAACGCGAUCCCUAUCGGCUGGACAAUGUAGAUACUUAUUCCAAUUUGUUGUUUGUCAAGGAAAUGAAAACGGAAAUGGCACAACUAGCGCACAAAGCAGUUAGCAUAAAUAAAUACCGUCCGGAGACGUGCUGUGUUAUAGGCAAUUAUUACAGUAUACGCUGUGACCAUCAAGUGGCCAUUUCGUACUUUCAAAGGGCACUGAAGCUGAAUCCCAAAUAUCUGGCCGCUUGGACACUGAUGGGUCAUGAAUUUAUGGAGCUGAAGAAUACAAAUGCGGCAAUACAGAGCUAUCGGAAGGCCGUCGAGGUGAACAAACGUGAUUAUCGCGCUUGGUAUGGCCUCGGCCAGGCCUAUGAGAUCAUUAAGAUGCACUACUAUAGCCUAUACUACUUUAAAAUUGCUCAUCAACUGCGGCCUUACGACUCCCGCAUGUUGGUCGCACUCGGCGAAACUUACGAGAAGCUGGACAAGAGCGAGAAUGCCGUCAAGUGCUAUUGGAAAGCCUGCGAUGUGGGUGAUAUUGAGGGUAUAGCCAUGUACAAGCUGGCCAACUUGCAUGAGAAACUUGGCGACCAUGAGACGGCGGUUCAUUGCUACAUCAUGUACUGUGAGGAUGAGCGAGCAGCCACUGACAAGCAGAGCUUGUAUCAGGGCUUUAUAACACUGGCCAAUUACUACGAAAAGAAAGGUGAUUACGAGCGCGCCUCAUGCUAUGCCUACAAGUGUUUGGAUUCCGAUGAUCGCAAGCUUGAGGCGAAGGCCCUCCUGAAGACGAUAGAUCUGAAACGGAAUGUAGAAUGGCAAAAGAAAGCGAAACCCAAUGUUGCAAAUGCCGAUACUAGUUCAGAUGAUGAUAUGGAAUUGGAAUUUCCUGAUGUACCCUUGCGCCAGGCGGCAACGAAAACAAAGGGCGCGGACUCCAAAUCAGUCACCACAACAACUACAACAACAACAGCAACUACCAGCUCGCGUCUGCCACGAUCCGUGGCGGAUGGCGUCAGACGUACACAGGCAGCAUUAAGCAGAGUGGGCUUGGUGCCAGCACGCAUGUUGAUGACGCCAGAUAGCAAUGAUACAACAAUCGCGGACGACUCUAUAGCAACGUCCCCCGCGGAGGCAGGCACACCGCCCCCACCUGAGGAGGAGCCAACGCCCCAGCGACACACAGCUGGCGAUGCCAGCUCCAUGGACAUAUCAUCUGUGUCCAUCGAUUAGGUAUUACAUUUUGUAAAAUUGUAUAAAAAAUAUAGUUGUAUAGAAUAGAAAUUUUCGUGAAUUAUACAUAACGCAAAUUUUU